AUGAACGAAGAGGGAGGAAGGGAAGUGGGUGUACCAUUACCGGAGGGAGACAACGACGACCUUGGACACGAUUUUCCGACUGCCCAUAAUAAUGGUGUCCACAUGUCGAUCGCCACCUUCGUUGAUAACAACAGUGGCGGAGAUUGGUUUUGGUGGCUUAAGGCGGCGCCAAGGGGCUGGUGGCGGCUAGAGGUGAGUGGGUAUAAGGGUGGAGGCUGUGAGAAUGUUGUAGGGUUAGGGUUUACGAUUGAUAUGCAAGGGAAAGAGAGAUUUAGGGCUAAAAUAAAAUAG